AUGACAUACAUCAGACAUAUAAUAUAAACUAUUGAUAAAUCAGAACACAUAAAAUUAGUUCUUUCUAUAACUUUUAUCAAUAAUGAAAAUGUAGUGUAUGUUUACAUAUUUAUAUCAAUUAAUUGUGAAUCCCUAUUGCGCAACCACUUUUAAUUCUAAUAAUUACCUUUUUCCAUUAUCAUGGCGCUAAUUGAACAUUCCAAAAUUGUUGAAUUUUUGGAAUUAGUUGGGCGAUUAAAGCACAUAAAAAGAACGGGCUGGUUACUAUGUGACAUAGAUGAUUGUGAAUCAAUAGCUGGCCAUAUGUAUAGAAUGGGUCUGAUGACCUUCCUAUUAACAGAGGAAAAUAACCCUACCAAAUUAGACCGCUUCAGAUGCCUUCAAAUUGCUCUAAUUCAUGACUUGGCAGAAUGUAUUGUGGGUGACCUCACACCUCAUUGUGGUGUUCCUCCGGAUGAGAAGCACAGGAGAGAAGCUGAGGCUAUGAAGCAAAUUGCUGAACUCACUGGUAUUGCUGGUGAUAGAAUGUAUGAUCUGUAUAUGGAAUAUGAAACUCAAAGCACACCAGAAGCUAAAUUUGCCAAAGAUUUAGACAGGUAUGAUAUGGUACUGCAAGCAUUCGAAUAUGAAAAGCGUGAGAAUGCACCGAAGAAACUUGAAGAGUUCUUCACAGCAACAUAUGGGAAGUUCAAUCAUCCUUUUAUUCAGGAUCUAGCUAAGGAGCUGUACAGACAGAGGGAUGAGUUUGAAAAGAAAAAACUAGUUAAUGGUAGUGUUUAAAAUAUGCUUUGUGGAUAUCCAUGCUACUCUAGCCAUUACCAGUGGGAGGCUCCUUUGCACUCCGGUGCCGGCUAGAUUAUGGGUGGCGCCUAUUUCUGCCGUGAAGCAGUAAUGUGUAAGCAUUACUGUGUUUCGGUCUGAAGGGCGCCGUAGCUAGUGAAAAUACUGGGCAAAUGAGACUUAACAUCUUAGUCUCAAGGUGACGAGCGCAAUUGUGGUGCCGCUCAGAAUUUAUGAGUUUUUCAAGAAUCCUGAGCGGCACUGCAUUGUAAUGGGCAGGGCGUAUCAAUUACCAUCAGCUGAACGUCCUGCCCGUCUCGUCCCCUAUUAUCAUAAAAAAAAAACACUGCUCAAACACACUUUAUGAGAUAUAGUACAUAACCAAUGUUACCAUCUAUUACAAUGCUGUUUUUAUGACUUUGUCAACAUUAUAAAUCUGCUUAUAUUAAAAUUAUGCCCUUGUAUUUGUAUUAUGUAUGGGUACUUCUUAUUAGUGUGGUGGCUAGUAAGUGUAAUAGUUUGUGAUGUUCGUAAAGGUGUAGUCAAAUGCUGUUCCAAAUAUAAGUUAGUAAAUAAUAAAAUAUUUAGAUAGUUGUAUGGUGGGGUUGAGCUCACACCACAUCAUUGUUCAAUCUCCAAUAAACACCAACUUUUAUAUAUAUCAGCUGAUAUUAAGCUUUAAAGUUUUAUGACAAUAGAUUCAGUAUUUUAUAUUUAAAACGUUCGGCCUAUAUGUGUAGUGCCAUAAUGUGAUUUAACUGUUGUAUGAAUGUGAUUUAUCUUCAGAAUGCAAUAGAAAAUAGAUACUCACUAUAUAUGUAUCUAUACCUUAUAUUUCAAUUUCAACAUAGUUCAUGCAUCAUUAUUAUUGUUUGUAGCAAUAGCAUGAGUUAUACAGUAAAGUAAAAAUAAUUAUAUGUAUUUAUGUAUAAGUAGCUAAUAUAAAAAAAAUACUUCAAAAGAUUUAAAUCAUAUGCAAUGUAUCAAUCAUAGUCAAGUCUGUAGUCCAAUACACACUAUAUUAGGAAAUUCUCUCGUGAAUGUAUGGGUGCUUCUCAUUACAGAUUAUUAUCUUUUGACUGGAUAGGGUAAUACUCAUAACAGAUUAUUAGCUAAAUCCACAUCUGGGUAGCGAGCCACAAAUAAUCAACCACACUUGUAUUCGGCUAUGUCAUAUUGGCUGCUUAGUAUUACUAUACUAAAACUGAUGGGUUAGUAAGAAUAUUGAAUAUGUAACAGCACUGAAAAUUCUGAAGAGCCUGUUCACCGUUUUAAGUUAUUUUUUGUUUGUUUGUUCAAUCUAUAGCAUAUUUAUUUAAUAAUACAGCUAUACUUACGAUUUAUCGGUGUUUAACUAGUUUCGGACCAUUUGGCGGUCCUUCAUUAGGGUGAGUUUAGUGUAGUGAGGUGGUUCAAUCAAUUGUGAGUAAAGCCGUAUUACUUAAUAAGUUAACCAUGUCUCACAAAAGUUUUAAUAAAUUAAAAUUAUAUGUAUUAUACAUAAAUAUAUUAUCAUCAUAGCUACUCAAAGCUAUAGCAGUUUCUGUAUGAUCACAGCUACGCAAUUGUAAACUGCCGUACCACAUCAACAUGCAAAUUUAAUUUGUUACCAAUCAUAAUUUAUAAACUAUGAGGGAUUCAAUACGCCCCAGCUCUUUUACUAACCUAGCCUACCAACCAUCCAAAUUAAUUUGUUUAUUUUUUAAGUUAUCAAUGAAAUUUUUAUAUUUAAUCCCAGAAGUGAGGGAGACCACUUAAAAAAUAACAAAUUGUUCACACAAACAUGGUCAUUAUUUUUUUUUAGAAGUUUUAAUGUUCUCGGUAUCAACUGAAAGCAACUCGAAAAUUUUAGAUGAUUCUUGAUUCAUGCCCUGUAAUGUCAUUUCAUAGAGGUUGAAUAUAACAAGAGUGAAUCUGUGAAUAUUUUGAAUGGUUUUAUAAUUAUUUGUGUUGUGUUUUACUGUAUUUUGUUAUGUACUUUCUUUCAAAAAGAAAUGUGAUAAUCUAAGUGUUAAUUUGGAUUUUAUAGGUUCCUGAUUUUAAUAUUUUAUUUUUUAGUGGUACAAUAUAGUAUUUAUUUUCUGUAAACUUUUAAAAGUAUUUCAACUCAGUCACUUGUGAACAUUGAAGAAAUAUCGUGAUCAAUUAAUUAUUUAUUUUUCAACAAAUAUUUAAUUUCAAGGUUACUCGCGUUUUAAUAUUUUAUACAUAUUUUUAUUUAAAUAUUCAUAGGUACAUAAAUGUUCAAGCUGUUAGUUUAAGUUUUGUCUGGUGAUCAUAAAGCAAGGAAAUAUGUGAAGUAAUUUUUUUUAAGUAAUUUACUGGUACUGUUUUGAUAUAAUUAACAUUGGUCUAUAAUAAGCUUAUCGCCUCUACACGAGGCAUCCUCAGCAAAUGUUGACUCGCCAAACUCUGGCACGACUCAAGUCAGAGUCUCGUGGCACAAACACGUGUCGAAAUGUUUGAAGACGAAUAUUGGCGGAAUUAACACUCAAGAAAACUCAAAACAUUUGGAUAAUUAUGGAUUUCCGCAAAAUAACGCCUACUUCAAUAAAUAAAAUGUAUCAUAAGCUAGCGAACUGUAAAUUUUUCAUUUAUUUUUAUUUUUGAUGCUGGUAAGUAUUCAUAAAGUUCGCUGUAUCAUAUUCAUGAUUCCUCUUAAGACAUAUUAUAUAAAAAAAAAAAUAAUACAUUUAAAUCUUAAAGUAUUAUCGAGGUCAUUUUUAGCUUUGCAUGAGCAGUCUUUGGUCAUUUUGAGAUGUUUUACAAUUCAUAACAUAGAUAUAGGUUAUUGUGUUGUGUUUCCAUUUAUGAAAGACCUAUUUCAGUUCAAAGUUAUUAUUUGUAUGAAAUAACUAGUACUUAAUAAUCGCAACAAUAGCUAGUUAAAUAAUAUGCUAAAGUCUGAGACACUAGUUUAAGAUACUUACUUUUUUUAAAAAUUAUCGCUCAAAAUCAACCGUCAUUUGGACGUAAUUCCAGUAAAACGUUCCAAACCACAAUCAUGUGAAAAUUGAGUUAAGAACACAACUGGUCACGUGAUUCAUAUUAACGGACUGAAAAUAUGGCAGCCCUACUGUCACUCUUUGAACGACAUCAUGACUUAGUAGGCCAACGCACAUGGAAUACACUAAUAUUUAUUAAAGUGUUAACACGAAUUCCUUAAAAUGUGAUGGUUGUGACUUGGAACGUUUUUCAGGAAAUAUAUCAUGGUCAUAUUCAGUAAUUUAAAUAAACAUUUACCUCAAAUCUAAA